AUGUGCGUUACUCGCCCAACCUCAAGAACAACACGGAGGUCUCCGAAGUGGAAAGAAAUGCUGAUAUCUGACGUCUUGCUUUCAGUUCUAGACGUACUGACCCAUUUUGCAAUGAAUCCACUUCGACUGGCACUUGGAGCAAAUUAGCUUAUUCGAACUACCGAUCCACUGUUUUCGAAGUAAUUGUUACAAGUUUUUAUUAUUUUGAAUGAAAUAGUUUAGAACCGAGUGCAUGUCUGGGUGCUUCCGCUCAGUAUUUCUCAGUCAAAGUACGGCGGCCGUCGAACUCCCUCUUCUGCAUGCACCAUCAUCACCGUUCAGAUAGCCUAUGAUUUCAUGACGUUUGUUUUUUUGAAUCAUGGGUCUGCUGGAAGCAUAAUUUUUAGCCAAGCCAUCCGUCUUCCGCCGGUAAAACCACAACUUCCGCAGAACCUUUCUCUGUCAGUGUUGGAAGUGCUCGUGAACGCCAUCGUCGACGGAAAUGACACUCACGAGAGAGCAAUGUCGGCUCGGAAACGUGGAUUCAGUGGGUGCUUGAAGAAAAAGACGCUUGACGAAGGGAUCGCCUCCGACAAUUCCUCGGUGUUCCAGUUGCUGAAACGUCCGCAACGAGACACAUUCACAGUGCCGGAAGCCAUUCAGGUUCAGAGACCAGAGAUGCACGAGGUGGACUACAGAUGCUACACGGGAGAUUUCAUCAGUAACUUGGUCACCGCAAUGACUAUGGCAAUCAGCAGGUGCUGAGACCACCACUCCUAUUGCUAACCCGGUUGGCUAAGCAACCGAGCUCCGCUGCAAUCAGUACUCACUUUUUUCGUUCCCGCCGAUGAAAAAAAAAUUCGAUGAAAAUUCAAGCAAAAUCAGAAAAAUGCAUUUCGAGACAAAAACGUAAAAAAAACGAAAUGCUGCAGCGGUGCGCGUUUGCAAACGGGUUAGCUAUAUGUGACAUCAAAAUAUGGGGUGACUGGAGGUUUUAGGGGUAUAUAUGGGGAAUCUAGGGGUUCGGCUUUACCUCAUUUUGAGUUCUAUGUAACACUGCGGUUCCCACGCAUGAUCUGUCUUUGGUGCUACUCAAUCCGUUGCUUUAUACCGUUCAAUCCCCCCUUUUUUGCAGCCCGUAUCUGUGCAAGCUUCCCCGUCUCUCGAUCGGUGUUCUCGCCUUCGAAAGAGCCAUGUGCUUUAUCUACGAUCGUCCGACUCAUUCGAUCCUUCUUCUCGACACUCAUAUGCACUUCAAAGGACGAGCGGGAAGUGUGCUCUGCGUGGCUUCGUUCGAUGAUAUCACUGAUUUCAUCGUGGGAGUCACGAAGCUUGUGUUCCAUGAAGUUUUUAAAACUUCAGACUUUUCCGGGGUGCCUUCUCAGUGUUAAAAAAUUCCACAAAAACGAUAUAAUUGCAGCAAUUCGAGAUCACUUGUUUGAUGUUGACGAGUCUCAUGAACAAAGUGCACAGAGGAUGCAUAUUUCAACCGAUAAAGACGAGCCAAUUGAGACUGUCUCCGUCAGCUUUUCCCGUCAAAAUCAAAACAGAGUAAGACAUUUUUUUUUUAUGUAAAAUACUUUUGAAAUGUAAUAGGUGGUACAAGUAUUAAAUCGUAGCCCGCUUGGCUAAGCAAACGCGUUCCGCUGCACUCAGUACUUCGCAUUUUCAUGUUUGUCUCUAUUUGCAUUUUUUUAUUUUGCUUGAAAUUUCAUCGAAAAUGCUCGUUCUUUCCACCAUUUGAACUUUAGGGGGAAGAUUCUAGAAGAUUAUCUAGACGUCUAAACUCGUCCUAUUCCAGGACGCAAAAUUCCACAAUCGCCCCCACCAGCGAUAGGCCGCGAUUCUAGAAUAUUAACGUAAUAUCCAACUGAUAAGCUGUUUUCAGGAAACUGAUCUGCCUCGGUCACACUUUCGAAGAAGAGGAAGAAGACAGUGGAUAUGGAAGUGCCUAG